CCACCUUCCGAUGGAACAUCUAGGGCCAGGACAAGACGGCGGCGGAAGCGAUUUACCUUUUCCUCCCGGCCGGAACCUGGAAGCAUAUAUAUAGCGCCGACCGAGUUCCCCAAGCAAUUCCGCCACCCACAACCAGCCUCCAGCCACCUCGCGUCUUGUCUCAUCACCUCGUCGUCGUUUGUGGUCCUCUCCACGGCACACCGCCAAGCGAGAGCGUCGGGUAACGGCAGGCGGCGGCGAUAAUCGACCGCCUGGUGGUCCUCUCCACAUAGCGAUUCAAUGGCGUCCCCGACGCCGACCCAAGGAAUGGAAGACUGGAUCUCGGAUGUUGAGGAAGUGAAACUACUCGAGGAUGUCAAGGGGAAGAUGGAAGAUGUUGUGGUGGAGCCACCAGAUUGGCUACCAGAUGGUUGGAUCAUGGAGGUCAGACGUGGUGAUGAUGGUGCUCUCUAUCAGUAUUACAUUUGUCCAGUGUCUGGGGUGAGAUUCAGGAUGAAGUCCGAGGUCUUGAACUACCUUUUCUCUGAGAUGGAUGAGCAUUACAUAGAAGCCAAUGAUUCGGUUGCUCAUAGCAUGCUUUAUAAAUCACAUGAAUGGCUUCCAAAGGGGUGGUUGGUUGAGAUCAGAGCGGGCGGAGAGAACAUGGACAAGAUGUACAAGUUUUAUGUUUACCCGACAAUGGGAGUACGCGCAUUUUCUAAAGAAGAUGUACUACUCUAUGUUAAGGAAAUGAAGAUCUCCAAUUGUGAUACCAAUGGACACUGCGACACAAACUCUCGAGAUAAUAUCCUUGCCGAAGUGGAGUUCAACCCAUCUGGGCUGCCACAUGGAUGGGUGAAAGAAUUGGUAUACAGAAAAACAUUGGAACGAACAAGGAAAGACCCGUACUUCACAGAUCCUGUUAGCCAUUAUGUAUUCAGAACAUUGACGUCUGCAGUUCGCUACCUUGAAACGGGAAAACUUACAAAACGUUCAUUUGUUCAAAGGACAAGUGUCCAUGAAUUGUACAACUUUGAGAAGUGUGCUGAUCUGCAUGAGAGUUUGCGCAAAAGGCUUACGAAAACUGUGAUGACUGAUACAACACAUGCAAGUCCGUCAACACCUAGAAGAUUAAAAAGUGGGGAAAAUAUAAAUCUCAAUGAGCAAAAAUUAAGUCUUUAUGAGGACAUCAACACCUCUACAGACUUAGAUUCAAUAGACGAGAACCAAAAAAUAAAGAACAAAAGAAUGAAGGCUAAAGAGAAAGAAGCAUACUCCUCCAAAACUAUAAGGCGUCCAAGAGGGAGACCACCCAAAGUGGCGAAGCAAACUGAUGGAGACACAUCUGUGAAAGAAGAGUAGAUGCUGAAAACAAAAAAUGACCAGGUCUAAAAGGGAAAAACAUGAGACUAGGCAAUGAAGAAAUCGUUGGCACAUUAAACCAAGAUCUAGACUAUAUAAAGCAUCAAUGGAAGUUACAAGAAAUAUUUGGCCAUCAUUUGGUAUUGUUGUUGUUUUAUUUCUUAGUACAAAUUGUCAUCUGUUUUUAGAAUAAAAUGGGGAUACACUACCCUAGACUCAAUUGGGUUGAAUGAUGGUCGAACACCUCAAAAAUUUAUCUUAAUAUGUUCCUUUUCUUAUAUUUUGACCAACAGAAAUUAGAGGAAAAUGUUGAUGG